AGAUUGGUUUUAUAGCCAGGUCUAUAUGCUGCAAGUAAGGUCUGGAAAGAAGAUAAGAACAUCUUCCCACUGACUGGAACCGGCAAGAUCUGUCUUUCUAUCCUGAUGUCCCCAGAAAGGGAAGCAGAAUGCAGUGUGCCUGGGAGUGAAGGCUGUCUACUUGUAUGAGUAAGAGGAUUGGAGAAGAGCAGGGAUAUCAUCAGGAGCCUUGUGUGCCUGUGUGUGUACAGAACAGAUGCAGAUUGGGGCAGAGAGUGCCUGUGUGUACAGUGUAUGGUUUCUCCUCGAUCAUUGGAAGGAUGCUGAGUUAAAGAAUCUGCUGAUCUAAGAACAGACCUAGGAACAUAUCCCCUCAUGAAAUAAUCAGAUCCAGCUAUCGGAGAAGAUGGGUUUCCACGUGGAGGGACUGAUAGCUAUAAUCAUAUUCUAUUUAGCAAUUCUUUUCGUGGGUAUCUGGGCUGCGUGGAGAACGAAAAACUCGCGUGGUGAUGGAGACCCCAGGGAAGGGAUUAUUGUGGGGGGCAGAGACAUAGGGCUGCUUGUGGGUGCGUUUACAAUGACAGCAACAUGGGUUGGCGGUGGGUACAUUAACGGAACGGCAGAAGCUGUGUUUGUUUCAGACUACGGCCUCGCAUGGGCACAGGCACCCAUUGGCUACGCCAUCAGUCUGGUUGUAGGUGGGUUAUUCUUUGCCAAGCCUAUGCGAUCAAAAGGCUAUGUAACCAUGUUGGAUCCAUUCCAGCAGGUAUAUGGAAAAAGAAUGGGAGGAUUGCUAUUUAUACCUGCCCUUAUGGGAGAGAUGUUUUGGGCAGGUGCAAUAUUGUCUGCUUUAGGUGCUACUAUAAGCGUGAUAGUGGAUAUUAAUAUUAAUAUAUCAGUGAUAGUGUCAGCUUUAAUUGCAACUUUUUACACUCUUGUUGGAGGACUUUACUCCGUGGCCUAUACAGAUGUUGUUCAACUGUUCUGCAUCUUUCUUGGAUUGUGGAUCAGCGUACCUUUCGCAAUAACACAUCCUGCUGUUACAGACAUCACAGUGACAGCCGUUACAAAAGUCUACAAGGAACCAUGGUUAGGCAGCAUACAGUCUGCUGAUAUUUGGUCUUGGUUGGACAGUUUCUUGUUACUGAUACUAGGAGGUAUCCCUUGGCAAGCCUAUUUUCAGCGAGUCUUGUCUGCUUCUUCUGCUACAUAUGCUCAAGUGCUCUCCAUCUUGGCUGCAUUUGGCUGCUUAGUGAUGGCUGUUCCGUCUAUUCUCAUUGGAGCAAUAGGAGCUUCAACAGACUGGAACCAGACAGAUUAUGGUUUACCUGACCCACAGUCCAGAAAUGAAACAGAUAUGAUCUUACCAAUUGUACUUCAGUACCUAUGCCCUGCAUACAUUUCAUUUUUUGGCCUUGGUGCUGUGUCUGCAGCUGUGAUGUCAUCAGCAGACUCCUCCAUUUUAUCUGCAAGUUCUAUGUUUGCCAGGAAUAUCUAUCAGCUGUCAUUUAGACAAAAUGCAUCCGAGAGGGAAAUUGUCUGGGUCCUGAGAAUCACCAUAUUUAUAUUUGGAGCGUCAGCAACCGCCAUGGCCUUACUGGCACAGUCAGUGUAUGGUCUCUGGUAUCUCAGUUCUGACCUUGUGUACAUCAUCAUUUUCCCCCAGCUUCUCUGUGUUUUGUUCAUUAAAGGAACUAACACCUAUGGCUCUAUCGUAGGAUAUGUUUUUGGACUCUUUCUCAGAAUUAGCGGCGGGGAGCCAUACUUGUACCUACAGGCCCUAAUCUGCUACCCUGGUUGCUAUGCUGAUCCUAGAAAUGGUAUAUACUUGCAGAGAUUUCCAUUUAAAACCGUUUCCAUGCUGGCUUCUUUCUUGGCAAAUGUAUGUGUAUCUUACUUAGUCAAAUACUUGUUUGAGAAGGGAACAAUAUCACCAAAAUUAGACUUCCUAAAUGCUGUGAUAGCCAAGCACAGUGACGAAAUCAUGGACAAGACCACUCUAGUAAAAAAUGACAAUAUCAAUUUAUCUGAGUUAGCCCCUGUCAAGCCAAGACACAGCGUUACCCUUCCUACCACGUUCACCAAUAAGGAAGCCAUCAGUGACUUGGACUCCAGCCCAGAAUCUCCAGAGUUGGAAGAUAAGGACAUGUGACAAAGCCAUAAGAACAUUGCUUCUCUCACACUGAAACAAUGAAAACUAUAUUAUACUGAUACUCAUGGGUGAGCAGCGAUUUAGUAAAACCACUUUUUUUUUAACUUAUAAUCAAUGUGCAGUUCAAUAACCGAUUAUAAAAUAAUCACAAUCCAAUGUCAUUGCACAAUACCAAUAUAAUUUCACAAGUGAAAACAGGCUGUUUAACCAUCCCAGAGAUGAAGGCACUUCCUACCCAUUGCUGUUCUAGCAUUGAUUGAUGUUCAGUAUCAUUUUACAUGACAGUACCUAACACGCCAAUUGCACUUUUUAUUGAUUUAGUUACCUUUUUUUUUAAUAUAACUUAGCAAUAAGGGAUUAGGUUAGACCAGUAAAGAGUCUGCAGAAUCUCAUUCCUGCAAAUUGACAGCAUUCCUUUGGCAUGUAACAAUGGUAGGUUAUAUAGAUACAUAGCCUACUUUUGUAGUUUUAUUGUCGAAGCCAAUAUUUCUUAUUCGUAAAGUACAGUUUAGACUUCUCAAGUUUCUUCAUGUUUGGCUUUUUCUCUUUUGUUGUUUGUGUGGUUUAUUGUAAUAUUGUACAAAACACCAGCACUUUUGCACAUUUUUUAUGCGAUUGUUUGAAACCAUUCAUCUUUACAGGGAUUUGUGCAAAUUGGACAUCAGUGUUUGCUACGAUGGCUUUAUUGUAAAUCAGCCUUGUUCUUCCAUAUUAUUUCAACUAUUUUAUAGAUAGACCCUUAUACAUCUGUCCGAUACGUGUCUCUUUUAUGGAUUAUGAAGACAAGCUAUGACUAUGUAUAUAUAAAAAUGUUGAAGUUCAUAAUCACAUAAACAAAUGUGAAUUAGUUAAUAAUUAUUACUUUACUUUAUGCAUAGGCUUAUUUAUAUUUUAUAUCCUUUCAGAUACCAUCAUAAUUGAGUGUGCAAUAAUAAACCACCCAUUUUAAGUGCACGCUUGUUUAUAUACAUUUCAAGUAAUGGCCCACAUUAUCAUACCAAACCCUUAAUUUUUCUGAUGAGGCACUCAUAAUCAAUAACCGCCUGAAAAGAAAAAUGUCCCAAGAUGUCGAUGUAGGUAAUACAGAUGUAGGUUAUACGGAUUCUAUGAACAAAGCCUGGGCCUGAUGUGCUGCUUUUAAAACAUGACAUGCUCUGUUGGAUAGAGUUACAAUAGAACGUUGCUUAAUGUUAUUAAAGAGGAGAUCUAUGUAACACGUAUAUGUAUAUGUAGAAAAUGCCUACUUUUAUAUCAUGAAAAUUAACGCACUCAAUAAUAAUAACAUUGUCUUAACACUUGUCUUACAUUUGUUAUGUCUCUAUGUUGACUAAUCAGAUCAAGUGCUUCUUAAAAUGCAAAUAUUCAGUGCAUGAUAUGAAAUAUAAAAUCAACUUCAGCAAACAUCUAAGUAAAGAUAGGCAAGUGUCUUAAGUAAACAAAAAUUCAAAUCCAGGUUUUCCUCUGGGUUAAAUAACCAUAUCAAUAAGGAAUCACAUGCUUUACCAACUGUCUGUAAAAUUUUACUUUUAUUGCAGCAUUAAAACCCAUACAAAACACUUUAAAUAGAGAAGGCUCAAAAACAAAACAAAAAAAAUAAACUAGACUUGUACACAGUGACAAAAAGCCCGGCACUUGUGGCGGGCUUAUGCAAUGUAUGAUCAUAUACUGUAACUAAACCCCCAUUAUUUAUGCCUGGGCGAGGUGGUUUUAAAUAAAUCUAUUACGUUC